ACUUCAACCGCUUUUUUUUAAACAUUCUUAAAUUAAAUAAUCUGCGAAUGCGAAUACUAGGCGAAAACAAUUUUAUUUUACUUUGUUGCUUUGCUACUCUGUUUUGAAUUUUAGUUUGCUUUAUUUAUAUUCCAAGUAACGAUUUCUAGAUUAAGUUUUGCUAGAAAACUUGUUUAAGUACAAAAUUGCAAAAUGGAUGUGAAAAAGAGUACAAAAUGUGUAUAUCCAGAAAACAAGACAGUUCAAGAAAAUAAUAUCCUCCUUAAUAUUAUAAAGGAGGUUUGUAAUGAACCAAACACCAAGCUGUCCCAGAAGUUGGUAGGCAAAGUUAACAGGAUAAUCGCUGAUUGCGACCUAACUCAUCAUGCAAGUUUUCAUAAAGUGUUCACUUCUGAUGAGAGCACUGCCACUGUUCUAGGGGUUAUGCACCAAACAACCACAGAAUUGACCUUUGAUGAACAAGCAGAACUCAAUCAGGCAGUAGUCAACAAAAUCAAUGAAAAAAUACCCAUAUUCACUGCUGAACUAGAGCAUUUGAAACAAAACACAGGCAAUGGAACGAUAUCUCAUACUGAACAAGUGAGAGAACUUCAGGAAAGUAUAGAUGAGAAGCUGAACAGCCUUCAAGAAAAGGAGAAGGAGAAGGUGGGGCUGAUGAUGGAGUGGCUCAACCACCAGCUGCAGCAUGUCUCCACAUUUAAUUGCCAGGCCAAUGAGCUGCUCACUUACAAGACAAAGAUUUUGGAGCUGAAGUCCAAGAUCCUGUACUUGCGCAUCGUGUGCGGCAUAUUCACGGAGACCAACCAAUCGAUCAAGGCCUACAGCGAGAUACACAAGGACAUCAAGGACCACCUGCGUGAAACUGAGCAUCAGAUCGAAAGCUAUAAACGUAUCAUUGCUAGCGAUUGUAAUAUUAACAACUAGAUGUUGCCAGCGAAUGAAGUCACAGGAUUUAGGUUUUAUAAGAGGCCCGUGAGAACUCUUUGAUUUUCCGCAAGAUAAACAAGUAGUUUUAAAGUUUUCAAUAAAACUGUGACUGUGGUUUGUAAUGCAUCUUUUUCUGGUCGCACAUUAAGGUGCAUGAGACGGGUCUGCC